CUUUCUGUGUCCGCCCGGCUGAUGGACUGUUAGCAAUGGGAACUUGCAUCAGCCGGCAGAGGCUUUGACAAAAGGAAUUUGUCCGGUGUGGAGCCCAGUUGGCAGACAUGGUGAGGGACCGCAUGAUGACGGAGAUGCAGACCAUCCAGCACACUCUCCAGGGUAACCCCCUGGCUGUGAGCCAAGCAGGGCAAAACAGUGGGGCGAUAAAGGACAACAUCAAAGAGGAAAGGCAGCACCUUUUGCAAGGCCCAGCAGGGCUCGAGUCCAGCCAGCCAGUGAACAUCCCAGAUUUGUCAAAAAGAAAAAAGAAAAAAAGGAACAGAGCUACAGACAGCUUUACAGGCACUUUUGAUGAGCUCUACAAACUAACAGAUGAGGUGCUCGGUCAGGGGGCUUAUGCUAAAGUUCAAGAAUGUGUGAGCCUGCAGAAUGGACAAGAGUUUGCUGUGAAAAUCAUAGAAAAGGCCGCAGGCCACAGUCGCAGCAGAGUAUUUCGAGAAGUGGAGACGCUCUACCAAUGCCAAGGAAACAAAAACAUUUUGGAGCUGAUCCAGUUCUUUGAAGACAGCUCCUGCUUUUAUCUGGUGUUUGAAAAGCUACGAGGGGGUUCCAUUCUUACACACAUCCAAAACCGAAAGCACUUUAAUGAAUUGGAAGCCAGUAAGGUCGUCAAGGACAUUGCACAAGCUCUGGACUUUUUACACACAAAGGGCAUUGCUCACAGAGAUCUUAAGCUGGAAAACAUACUCUGUGAAAAUAUUGAUCGGGUGUCGCCAGUAAAAAUCUGUGACUUUGAUCUAGGAAGUGGAGUAAAGCUCAGCAGUGCUUGUACUCCAAUAACCACUCCAGAGCUCACCACACCGUGUGGCUCAGCAGAGUACAUGGCUCCAGAGGUAGUGGAGGCGUUUACUGAUGAGGCCUCUUUCUAUGACAAGCGCUGUGAUCUGUGGAGUCUCGGUGUCAUCCUGUACAUCCUGCUGAGUGGAAGCCCUCCCUUCACAGGUCACUGUGGCACCAACUGCGGCUGGGACCGGGGAGAAACAUGCAGGGCAUGCCAGAGCCAACUGUUCGAGAGCAUCCAGGAGGGAAAGUAUGAAUUUCCAGACAAGGACUGGGCACACAUCACUGAAGAAGCCAAGGAUCUCAUAUCCAAGCUGUUGGUUCGGGACUCCACCCUGCGCCUCAGCGCUGCUCAGGUCCUCCAGCAUCCUUGGGUGCAGGGGAAUGCUCCAGAGAGAGGUCUUCCAACUCCUCAUGUUCUACAGAGGAACAGCAGCACCAAAGACCUGAGCCAGUUUGCAGCAGAAGCGAUCGCCUUUAACCGGCAGCUGUCCCUGCACGACGAGCAGCAGGAAGACGCCGAAGCCAUCGUUUGCUCCAUGAGGCUCUCCCCUCCUUCCAACUCCAGACUGGCCCGCAGACGGGCCAAGUCCAGCGCUCUGCGCAGCACAGACUUUGCACCGGCUUGUGAUGACCUUGAGAUACCAGCCUGAAUUCCUUUGUUGUGUUUUCCUGAUUGAUUUCCACCUCUGACUUCUCUUUUUA